AUGACUAACUAUGAAAAUACUCGUUGGAAAUGUAGGCUUAUUUACUUUCAAGAGAACAAAUCAUGGAACCUGUUAGAAUUUCUACAGUGGAGUAUUGUAUAUGCAAAUGAUUUCAAUGAAAAACAAGAUGAGCAUUUGUUAUACAAGAUUUGUUUGGAGAAACUUUCUAUCAAUCCUCAAUUAAUAGAGACUAAUGACAGCAAUGAAUCCAUAAUAAUAAGACAGUUGGCAUUGCAAUGUUUGGAAACAUUUGAGAAAGAAUCAAAAUUGUUCAACGUAAAAGCUUUCUGGAAAAAUAGUUCUACUGUUAUGAAAACAUUAGGAAAAGCAUCAGAUAUGAAUUCCAAAAAUAUAAUCCACCAAAUGCUAGACAUACAUUAUGAUUUCACUUUGAAACAAAAAUCAGAUUCCUAUCCAUCAGAAAGUAGAAAAAAGAAAGAUACGAUCAACAUAAAGGAUCCAGAGUCUCUUAAUGAUGUGAACAUAACGAAUUUGGAAGAAGUGAUCAUUCAUGAAAAGGAAGUAAUUGCAGGGCAGUUAACCAACGAGAACAAUCCUGAAUUAUCACUUAUCAAACCUGAUCUGGAAUUUAAUAAACAAAUGAUGCGUGACGCAUAUAUAAAGAUACAUCAGGAUCUCUGUGAUCUUUCCUCACAGAAGGAUUGGUUUAUUGAAAGUUAUAGUGUUUCAGAUGCAUUUCACAAAUAUCAAAUUAAUAAUAUUGAUAAACUAGAAGGUGGUGAAGCCUUCCAUUUUUCAUCAGAUGUUGAGGCAAUCUUGUCUCUUCACCAUAUUAUGUUUAUUGACAUGACAAGAAUGAAGAAGCCAUUGUAUUUAGAUAUAGAUGAACGAAAAUGGCGUGCUUCAGAAAUAAAUGACAUAGACGAGCUUCGUUCUAAGUUUUAUGAUAUAUGGGGGAAAUAUCGUGACAAGGUCAUUUAUUUAGAUAAUGAGAGAUACAUUAAUCAUAAUAAAAAACAAGAAUAUCUUGAACAAUUUAGAGAUGGAGUUAAUGGUACAAAAUUUAAUGCUUUAUAUGAUUCAUCAAUUUCACAAUCACUAUUACCUUCUCCCAAAUUUUAUAAUACAUCAUUUUUCUCAGAAAAAGAAGAUUAUUCUACAUAUAAAACAUUGACGGCAAAUAGCAUAGAUGAUGAUACGUUGGUUGAAUCAAAUAGGAUUUUUCUAAAAAACAAACAGAUUGAAGCAAAAUUUAAAGAAAAUAAAAAGGAAAAAAUUGUUAAUAAAUUAGAAGAAAUAAAAACUAAUUUAAUUGAAAUAGAAUGUCCUAAUUGUGCAUAUUUAAAUCAUCCAAUAAUGAUAAAAUGUGAAACUAGGUUAACAAUUUUAUCAAUCAAUGACCCUGAUUAUAUUAAAUUUAGAAAUAUUUUAAUAUCUGAAAUACCAAAAUCUAAUGUUAAAGGUGUAAUUAAAAUAGAUAUGCCAACAAAAUUGUUGAAAAACCAUGAAAAAUAUAAAAAAAAUAUAUCAAAAAAGACCGGUUUACCAUUAGAAAAAAUCACUCAUCAAGUAUUUCAUGGAACAACAACAAGGUUCGGUUGUAAUCCUGAAAGAUUUUUAGUGAAUCACAAUUUCUAUAAUGAAAACUAUGAUUGUAAAUUUUGUAAAAAAGGUUGUGGAAUGUGUGGGAUCCUACAAUAUGGAAAUAAAAAACAACUUUCUAAACAUUCAAAAAAAAUGUGGUUUGCACAUAGUACUUUGGUUUCGCGUCAUUAUACAGGAUUUAAUUCUAUAAAAGUGAUGUUUGUUGUUGAGGUAGUAUCAAAAGAUAAUAAUUGGAUUCUUGUUGUAAGGAAAAAUAAGGCAACACUUCCAAAAUUUAUGAUUAUCUUUGAACAAUAA